AUGAAAUAUCAUAGGGAUAGUACAAAAACAGAAUGGAAGAUAUGGUAUAAGCUAAAAAAGGAGGAAACUGGGCUUGGAUGGGACGACGAGAAAAAUACAGUCGUGGCGAGUGACGAUUGGUGGACCAACUACUUGCUGGCUUACCCAGAUGUAGCUGAGUUUCGAGAAAAGGGAAUUGAAUACUCAUAUGAGCUAACAUCUCUUUUCAAAGAUGGGGUAGCAUUGGGUAACUUAUCUUAUGCUCCUUGGCAAGGAAUGUUACGAAAAGAUAAUGUUGGACCUUGUCGAGUCGAAGAUACACAGGAUACUCAAGAAGAUGCAAAUAUUACAAUGCAUAACGAAUAA